UAACUCUACUUUUUGGAAUGUCUACAGAUUCUGUGGAUUUUACUCUUUGGGAUCAUCUCUUUGCUGGUGCGAUCGCUACUUCAGCGGCAGUAUCUACCAUGCACCCUAUGGAUACUAUAAAGACAAUACUUCAACAUUCUCAAGGAAAGAAUCCGAGUUUCAAGGCCGAUUUAUCUGUUGACUCUGUACUGCAUAGUCGUUCAAGUGCUCUAACAGUUGCUGGUCAACUAUUUAGAAAAAGAGGAAUAUCAGGUUUCUAUCAAGGUUUAGGCGCAAAUGUUGGUGCUCAAACUCCUGCAGGUGCAAUCAAGUUUGCAGUUUAUGGUAUUCUGAAACAGAAGUCAGAACGUGUGUUUGACCCAAAAUGGCGCUCCUUUGUAGAGUUUGGAUGUGCAGCUUUGGCUUUCAUUGCUUGUUCCGUUGUUUUGGUACCUGGAGAAGUUGUUAAACAGCGUCUUCAGUCAGGAAUGUAUUCAUCUAUGAGAGCAGGAGUUGUAGAGACUUGGAGAGCACGUGGCAUUUCAGGGUUUUAUGCAGGUUAUGGUGCGACAUUGUUGCGUGAUAUUCCAUAUACUAUGUUGGAGUUUGGUUUAUAUGAACAAUUCAAAAGGUUGUUUCGCGGCAGUUACAAGAAGGAUAUUCUUCCGCCUCAUAUAGAAUGGUUCCUUGGUGGCUUAGCGGGAGGCUGUACUGGUUUUCUUACAACGCCUUUCGAUGUUUUGAAAACGCAUUUGAUGACGGGACAACAUUCGCAAGGUAUUUGGCCCUUGUUUCAUAAUAUUGUCCAACGAGAUGGUUUAUCUGGACUCUUUUGUGGAGGCCUUACGAGAGUGCUUUGGUUGAUUCCAUUCACAGCUGUAUUUUUUGGAGUUCACGAGGCAAGUAAACGAGCCAUGAUUGGUUUGAAACGGCAUCGAUUGUUUUCAAUCCAUACCCGUUCUGUUGUUGGAUUCUGUCAACCGAUGAAGUUGAGGAAGAGGCGGACUCCAUUUUUUAUUCUUUAGAUUCGUUUGUUGUAUACAAAAUUUUUGAAUAUUGAAG